CAAAAUCCCACCUCAGCGACCACCACCUCAAGGGGGCCCAGUGCAACCCCAAGGAAUGCAAUCACAAAGCCAGGAGCCAUUGCAGCCACAGCGCAUGUACCCCCCUGGGCAGUCAGCAAAGCCCUCAACUUCCCAGCCACAGCGUCCACCUGGACCUACAACUCAGCAGCCACGUCCCCAGGCUCAAGGUCCUUCCAGCACCAGAUUAGCAAAGGAAGCACAGCCGCAGCUGCAGCCACAGCCACAGCCCUCGCCACAGCCCGCGCCACAACAGAAGCCUCAGUCUCACCCACAACUUAACAAGUCGCAGUCUUUGACAAAUGCCUUCAGUUUCACAGAAUCAUCCUGCUUCCGAUCAUCUGUGAAUGAAGAUGAAGCAAAAGCUGAAACUAUUCGAAACUUGAGGAAAUCCUUUGCUAGUCUUUUUUCUGAUUAGCCAGCUUCAUCUAAAUGCACCUAGCAUAUAGUCUAAAAACUACGUGAAUGUUAUAUAGGUUUUGUUUUCCCUGUGACAGUGCCCUUCUCUACUGUGCUAACUGUUGUAUUAAGCAAUAUGUUAAACUUACAAAAAA